AUGACUGACUACUUGAACGCUCUCGUCGAAAUUAUCUCCUCCAACGUGAAGAUAUUGAACAACGCGUACACCAAAGAUGGCCGCAAGUUCCCUUCACUCGACGAGCCUUUCGAAGCGACUCCGUCCGCUGAAGCCGUUCAAGAGGCAACUCGGCUGAUCGUAGCGGCUACGACACAGCUCGCGACAUCCGUACGAUCUCCGCUGGAGGUCCUGUUGGAGCAAGCAACUGGCAUGUAUAACACGGUCACGCUCCGCUUUGUGAACGAUCACAAUGUAGCAGACCUACUCAAGGAGGCGGGCCCUAAGGGGCUUAAUGCGAAAGAAAUCGGCAAACAAAUUGGGGUCGAUGGCGCUUAUGUCGCACGGUGUUUGCGCUAUCUUGCCACUCGACAUAUAUUUCGGGAAGUCAGUCCGAACGUUUUUGCGAACAAUCGAUUGUCGUCCGUGCUGGUAAAGAGCAAGCCCUUCAAAGACAUCGAAACAGAUUUGAUGACCAAAUACGACGAUGCGCCUAGUUCUGCCCUCGUUAGUCAUUCGUACGUCCAUAGUGCCCCCGUUGCAUCCACUUUGGGCUUAGUUGUCAUUCACAGCACGGACGAAGGGUUUAUGGGGAGUCAAAGCUUCGUGGAGUUCAUGAAAGAUUCCAAGGGAUACGCCUCCCCCUUCAGCAUAACACUUCAGCAGCACACGAAUAUGUUUGAUUGGUAUGAGCAACCAGGACAGAAAUGGCGGGCACACCGGUUUGCCACUGCCAUGAAGGCGCCCGCUAGUCUGUGGGGACAAGGAGGGUUUGCUUCAGUAUUUGACUGGAAUGCUCUUCCUGCCGGGAGUACGAUUGUUGAUGUAGGAGCGAGUCUCGGCGUGGUCACGAUGGAAAUUGCGCGUGCUGCUCCACAGCAUAAGUAUAUCAUGCAUGAUCUGGAGGGAGCCGUGAAAGAGGCGAGGCGGCAUUGGGCAAAUGAAUGGCCCGAGGCCAUCAAUGACGGGACGGUCACAUUGGAAGUCCACAGCUUUUUUGAACCUAUGCCUGUGAAAGCGGAUGUCUACUUCCUGAGGUGUAUUAUCCACGACUGGCCCGAAGCAGACUGUCGUAAGAUCCUCGGGCACAUACACGCGGCCGCGAAGUCUACCUCCAAGCUCAUUCUCUUCGAGAUGAUGGCUCUUCAUGCAUGCCCAGACGAGCAAAGUGGUAACGCAGGUGCCCCGUACCCUCUGCUCGCAAACCUUGGCGUGGCAGCGGGAGGUUUCAUCACCAUAGCCGAUAUGCAGAUGUUAUCCUUACUUGAUGGUCGGGAGCGCACAACCGGGGAGUAUGCAGAGUUGGGCAGGCUGACAGGGUGGAAGCUUGAGUCAGUGAAGCCGGGCCCUAUUGCGGCGUUCAUCUUCAGCAAGGUAGCGUAG